UGUCUCCACUAUCCGUCUUGCACGAGCUGUAGGAUCUCUCUGGGUCAUCACUCAACAUGAAGGCUGCAUUCGUCAUCUGCUCGUUCGUGGUCAUCUUCGUGGCUGCAGCUUCGGCUCAUCACAUGGAGCUCUGCGGAAAGAGCUAUCCCGAGCUGGUCAGGGAGCUGCAAUGUAUUACGGGACGCAUUUCUAGACGGACUCACCAAGCGUUUGCCCAUGCUGUGUGGCAGUUGCGAUGCCCUACCUAUGCCUGUGCGAUAAGGAGGAUGUGCUCAUACAAUGACCUGGAGAGAGCCAUGGCCUAUUUCUUUACUCGCUGCCAGAUCAGGCAAAUUCAUAAUGCCGCGACAGCCUGUGAUCCCAACGCCCAUGACCACAGCGGUUCGCAGCCGAGCUGGUGGCAGGGCCUAUUCCCUGGAUUUGGCUCUUGGUGCAGCCCUCUCUGGUUUUGAAGAGACACAGUUGAAUAUGGGGAAUGACUCCAGCUAUCAGUGUGAAAAAAACAUAGCAAAAUAAACAUUGUGCAGCCUCUCUGACC